AUGCACUUCUCCCCCACCCUCCUGGCUUCUUUCCUUGCCCUUGUUUCUGCUGCUCCCAGCAAUCCCAAGGUCCUGGCCUUCCCCUUCACCAGACACCAACAGGACUCGGCCCUCGUGCAGCACCAUCUCCAGCUCAGCAACCAUCGUCCUGAUCCUGUUUUCAUCAGUAACGAGUUCCAGUACUACUCCAUUGACCUAACUCUCGGCACUCCCGCUCAGAAGUUCAACGUGCUGCUGGACACCGGCUCGUCCGAUCUAUGGGUGUACAACGUAUCGGACACCACUGACUGUGCUGGCGGCGCCUGCAAGAACACUGGUACGUUCGACAGUUCCAAGUCCUCUACUUACCACUCCAUCGACGACAAGUACUUCAUCCAAUACGUCUCGGGUAACGCCUCCGGCAACUGGGGAACAGACACACUCUCUCUGGAAGGCGUCUCACUCCCUGACUUCCGAUUUGCUACUAUCGAUAACGCUCAGGGAAACACUGGAAUUCUGGGAGUCUCUCUCCCUGGUUCCGAGUCUGUCCGAAAGGGUGAAUCUACCUACGAUAACUUCCCCAUUGCUCUGCAAAAGGCUGGUUACAUUGACAGACGAGUCUACUCUCUGUACUUGAACGAUACCAACGCAUUCAACGGAACUUUCCUGCUGGGCGGUAUUGACCACGCCAAGUUCAACGGAAGCCUGACCGUGUUGCCUCUUCCUAGCCCCGACGAGUUCGCUGUUAAGUACGAGAACAUUAUUCUCGAUGGAAAGCCAAUCGCUAAGCCUGGAUACACUGUUCUCGACUCGGGAACCUCUUUCUCUUACAUUCCUGAGACCGUUUACAACACCAUUGCUAAGAAGCACAACUUAGGAGACGUUACCUUCUUCGGUCUGCCAUCUAUAGACUGCAAGGCUAAUGUCUCUUUGGACUUUGAAUUCGAUGGAGUGACCAUCCACGCACAGAGAGAGCAGCUGAUCAUCGACCCUGGUAUCGGCUUUUGCUUCUUCGGAGUCUUGCCCAGCACCUAUUCUCAGAACAUCACUUUGUUCGGAGACACCUUCCUGCGAAACGCCUACGUGGUAUACGACCUCGAAGAUCUCCAGAUUGGCAUUGCCCAGGCCGUGUACACCGAUAAGACUGAUAUCCGUCCUGUCACUGGUCCUCUCAAAUGA